AACUUAAAAUGAACAUAACCAACUUUUAUUUUGAUUCAACAUAAUCGAAGUUGAUUUUAUAAGGAGAACAAAUUGGGAAAUAAUUACUUUCCUCUAUUGUGGAUUUAUAUCAUUUCAAAUGUAAUUAACAAUAUAUAUGAUGAAUAAAUUUUGUGGAAUAAUCAAUUGUACAAAUUAAUGUACACUACUAUAAUAUACUAUACUAUUACUAUACUAUACUAUAGUAUACCAUAGAAACAAUUUAUUUAUUAAAGAUUAUUUCAAGAAAUAGUAAAUUCAAUCAAGAAAAAGACAAUGAAUACGUUACCAGCAAAUAGAACAUUGAACACAUUCAAUGGUAAUAAUGCUAGACGUUCAAGUAUCUCAGCAAUACGUUAUGCUCGAUCGACAUCAUUGUAUUUUCCUAAUACAGAUACAGAUGAAGAAAGUCGCAGUCAAUUACUUACAAGUGAAAGUAUUGCAGAAACACGUAGAGCUGAAACAAUGAAUCGAUUAAAUCGUAUCGAUGUGAAAAGUGAAGGAUCUAGAAAUUUAACAAAUCCAUUAUUUGAUAGUAUGAGCAGUAUAGACCAACCAUGGUUACGUGGUUAUGGUCAAACUGUUGUGUUAUCUCCACCAAAAAUUAAUUUACCUAUUCAACAACAAAAUUCACACCAAUCACAACAACCAUCCUCCAUGGAACACGAUACCGCUAGUACCAUUCAAGAUAUGCAACAUUCAAUACGUUUACCUACACCUAGAAGUCCUAAUAUAAUGCAUGGAGGUUAUGGUGCCCUGCCACCUUUACAUUAUGGUACAUCGAUAAGAGAUGGUUACGCGAGCAGUGGUGGUGUUGGAAUUGGGACAGGAGGUGUUGGCAGUGGAAUUGGGAGGAAAAAAACCAAGAAGAAAUUAUCUUGUUUAUCUUGUUUACAUGGAACUAAUAAAGUUGAAUCGUCAACAAAUUUCUAUUCAUCAUCUGAUGACUUAAACUUAAUAGAUGACCUAAAUAAAUCAGAUGGACAUGAAGUGAAUAAACGAGAACAACAACAAAAUCCAUAUAUUAUCUGUUUGUCGAUUGUCUUCGCUUUGUUGGACAUUCUUUUAUUGAUCGGGUUAACUUUACUGAUAUUCUUUUUCAACUGUUCUGCUGAUGGAUGGUUGUACACAGACCCUAGAAUUCGAUCAAUUUGUGUUACUUUAUGGGCUGAUUGGAUACCUUUGUAUCAAAGAAAGUUUCAGUGUCCUGAUAUACCACCCGGUUAUGCAGAUAGUAUUAUUAGUAGUGGUGGUGCUAGUAAUAUCGGUAAUAUUGGUGAGUCAAAUCCUAAUCUGAAACCUCUAUUGGAACGUAUGAAUAUGCUUAGUAAACAACAACAAACUGCUGUAUCAUCAUCAUCGUCCUUUCCUACAUUAACCACACCUAAUCCAUUAUCUCAACUAUCACAAUAUCAAUCAAAAUGGAAUAUUUAUGAUGUAAAAAGAGUUAAUCCAGAAUUUUGGGAUGCUGAUCUAGGAUUAAUGAUUCCACCAAAAUUAAUUAUUCCUUCUAUGGAACAACAAUUAUAUGGACCAAGAGAUACUGUUAAACAAUUAUAUGGUCGUAAUUAUCCAACUGAUAAACAAUUUAUACAAGGAAUUAAAAAUGAUCAUCAAUGGUUACAAUUUUCACAAUCACAAACUGAUCUUUAUCAUCAUAUGACAAUUAGUUCAAUUGUUACCUGUUCAAUAAUUAUACCGUUAAUACUAAUUUGUUUCUCAGAAAUCACUUUCUAUUUCUUCAACUGUUGUCAAAUGUGCUUAACAAAAACUAAUUCAAAACUAUGGAGUACUAUGAAAUUUAUUGGUCAAAUUUAUCGUCUAUUCAUUACUUACAUUUUCGGUCUUCUUACAACAAUGCUUUUAGUCUGGCUCAUUAAAGUUUCUGUUGGACGUCUUCGACCAGAUUUCAUUCAAAUAUGUCGUCCAUCUGAAAAUGUUUGUCCUAAAUGGUAUAGAAUAAUACAAAAAACACGUCAAUCUACAGAUGAACGCAGUGCAAUUGAAUCAGAUCCACAACUAUUAGAUUUGAUUGUUGCACAACUAGCUAAACAAGGUAAAUAUUUAGUUACAGUAGCUACAACACCUUCUCCGGAAUCAUCAACUGGUCACUUAUCAGAUGGAUUAUUUACAAAUGCAGAUUGUAUGGAGAAUAAUAUUUUAAAACUUAAAGAGGCUAGAACGUCAUUUCCUUCACUGGGAGCAGCUGUUUCGAUGUAUGCAGCAAUUUUUGUGACAGUCUAUAUUACUGCAUUAAUGAAAAAUUUUCGAGAUGCCUGUCUUUGCAUUCCAUUCUUAUCAUUGCUUGGUGUUAGUCUAAUUGCUCUAAUCCUUGGUGUCAAUAGAGCGAUUUACAGAAAUAACUGGUUUGAAGAUAUUUUAGCCGGUUGGAUUAUCGGUAUUUGUAUAGCUAUAUACGUUUGUUUUAAAGUUUUAUAUAAUCGUGACAAAUGGAAUGAUUUAACUAAUUAUGAUUUAAAUCGUCGUUUGCAUAGAAUUCAAACUUUAAUUCAAACUCAUCAUGAUUAUAAACAAUCUGAGUUAAAAAUGAUGAAAUAUUUGUGAUAUUCAUACAGGUAAGUAUCACUAGUGAUAACAACGAAAUAAUUUUCAAAGAAAAAAAAGUUCUAAUCAUAAAUGAAAAUAUUGAAAAGUUGAAUUAUAUCACACUGUUUAAAUGAGCCAAGUAACAAUAAUCAAUAAUUUAUUACAUCGUUUCUAAACAAACAUUUAGGUUUUAUUAAUAACCAGUUUUGUUUUGUUUUGUUUUUUUUUUUACAAAAAAAGUAUGUUCCUGUUGAGUUUUCUUUUGUUUGUUGUUUUUUGGUGAAAAAGAACGCGUUACAUAUUGCUAUGGUUUCAUUUCUUUUUCUUUAAAUUAAUGAUGAUUCAGUUGUUUGGAAUCUUAUUUCAAAAAGAACAGUUGUUUGUUUGUUUGUUUGUUUUUCAUUUAGGAAUUAUUUAUAUUGUUGAUAAUCAUUAUAUUUUAUGAUUAGAUGGGUAAAUUAUGAUUUUCAAUUAGAAUAAUAAAACAAAUGAAAACAUACAUUUAUUAUG